AUGUAUCCGGAGGAGGCAUCUGCAAUAAGGAUGCCAUCAGCUUUGAGGAGAUUAUUCGUUACACUUUUGGUGUAUGGGGUGCUAGUUGGUGUUCGAGCAUUGUGGGAUGAAUUUGCGCAUUUUAUGGUAGAAGAUUAUACUUCAUCUGAUGAUAUUGUAAACAGAAACAGGCUCUUACGAGACCUAAAUAGAAUACUUCAACAGUUUGGCAAGAACAUUAGAGAUUAUGACCUCCCUCAAUUGACCGGUGAGCUAGAAGAUAAUAUUGGAAUGCCAAGAUGUAUUGAAGAUGAACUUUUUAUCCAUGUCCCUCAAGAAGAUAUCGAUGCAAUUGAUCGUCUUAACAAUGACCAAAUGGUUGCCUUCAACACCAUAAUGUCUGCUGUGGAUGGAAAAGAAAGUGCUUUAUUUUUUGUUGAUGGUCUUGGAGGAACUGGGAAAACGUAUCUAUAUCGUAAACAGUCUGCACUGGCACAAUUGGUACGACAAUCCACUGCAGUUAUAUGGGAUGAGGCACCUAUGACAAAUCGAGAUGUGUUUGAAUUAGUUGAUCGAACUUUUCAGGACAUAAUAGACGUGGAACUUCCUUUUGGUGGUAAAAUAAUGAUUUUCGGGGGAGAUUUUCGUCAAGUCCUUCCUGUCAUUCCUAAAGGAACAAGGUCUCAACUCAUCGAAGCCUCGAUUAUGAGAUCAUCGUUUUGGCCAGCUACAAGGAUAUUGAGACUGAGGCAAAAUAUGAGAUCCAUAAAUGACCACCGAUUUGGGGAGUUUCUAUUAAGUGUUGGCGACGGUAGUGAACAAGUCAUCCAUGAUGACAUGAUAAGGUUACCAGAAAGCAUGGUGAUUCCAUGGCAAAGCGACCAAUCUAUCUUUCAAAUUAUUGAUAGAGUUUUCCCUAAUCUUGGUGAUCACGUAGGCGAUGCAAGAUACAUGGUGGAUAGAGUAUUGAUUACUCCUUUAAACGACGAUGCAGACAUGUUGAAUGAAAAGAUCAUCAGUAUGUUUCCUGGUGAAGAAAUUUCAUUUUACUCAUUUGACUCUGUUGAAGAUGACAUCUGA